ACUAAGUCCUCAUACAUUACGAUUUUAGCUGGUGCACCGAGGUGUGCUUGCUAAUAAAUUGAUUUGUCCACCCCUUUGUGUUUGUGAUGUUGGAACACAAUAGGAUUUGGUGGAGGGGUGGAUUGUUUCUGAAAUGCUAACUUUGAUUAAAUCAGUUGGUAAACUGGCUUUCCAUUUGGUAGUAAUGGUUUAACUGUGCUGGGAAUUUUGAUUUAGAGUCAGUCACCUUUCUCUUGUUACAGCUCUUCUGUUCAAUCUAAUUCCUGCACUUUGGCAAUUAGAUUGUGUUGUGCUGUGUGACCUUGACAAGAUUGUGUGUCUGCGUGUAUCUUUGUGUUUCUGCAUGUAUCUGUGUGUAACUUUUUAUUCGCAGAGUUUGUUUUGGUGCAGCUGUUUUUUGUUUGUUUGUUUGGCUCAGAUGGAAUGUAAAAGAAAAGAAGUCAUCCUGUUGAUUUGGUGUACAGUGAUGCUCAUGUUUAUUAGUUACUGGAUUAAUGAGAUCUGAAGAGAUUUGUAUGUUCAACACGUGAGCUGAAUGAGGUAGGAUGCUGAACUCCUGGAAUCCGACACUCCUGUUCUACAGGAUUUAUUAUUAAUAAUUAGUUGUUAAGAUAAUGUGUUUUCUUCCCCUCAUGAAGAAGCCCUUGUUACGACUGAGUAGAAAUAUGGGUGACGUGGCAAAGCAUAUAAUGAGUAACCACAAUGUAAAUGUAUGACCGCUAUGCUUGAAGCGCCGCACGUUUCACAGCCUGAUCUUACUCCUCCACUGCAGCUAUGUAAUUCACGAGGCUAGGCCGAGUCGGUGCCAAGACAUUUUAUUCCCACUGCCGAGUGCUGGUAUAGUGUCUCCAGUUCUUUUUAUAACCAUUGAUGAAACUUGCACGUGUAGCACACCCGGUUGGGGAAGGAUUACAUUUUCGGUCUGAUUAAAAGGGUUGUCCUGAUUUGGAAUUGGAGCAGUGCGGGGAUGCUUUGAUGCCAGACGUCUGGGAGGAUAGACGGCCCGCACUUUUGAUGGGGAGCAGCUUGAUGAGGCAGCGGUAAGGGCGUGUCCCAACGCUCUUAGCGCCGGGAUUGAUUGGCUGGUGGGCGUGGCCGGCGGGCUGGCUCCUCCCCCUCCCGGCGGCAGUGUGCGCUCCCAGCCGCCGCCCCCUUGCGCCCCACGCUCGCCUGGCUUGCGUGCCCGAGCCCAUGCCCCCAGCACCACGCGGCUGGUCAGCGCCAUGUGCGUCCCGCACACCAUGGAGGCGGGCAAACACCACAAUGCAUCGGACACAGGCCAGGGUCAGGGGCGUGGACAUGGUGGGCGCGGUGGAGGGGUGCCACUCGAGCCCUUUGUCCACCAGGUGGGCGGCCAUACCAGCAUGAUGCGCUACGAUGAUCACACCGUCUGCAAGCCACUCAUCAGUCGCGAGCAGCGCUUUUAUGAGUCUCUGCCACCUGAGAUGAAGGAGUUUACACCAGAAUACAAAGGUGUGGUGCUGGUGUGUUUCGAGGGUGACCUGGACGGCUACAUCAACCUAGUGGCGUACCCUUACGUGGAGAGCGAAGGCCUGGACCACGAAGAGAUGCCCGAGAGGGACCAACCGCGGCGGAAACACUCGCGCCGCAGCCUGCAUCGCUCCAGCAGUGACCAUAAAGAGGACAGAGCGGCCCACGAAAGCGACAGCAACGACAAUCUGCAAGAGCUGAAGAGUCCACGCCUGGACUUGCAGAUCUACUCUGACGUGCCCUUCCAAAUGCUGGACGGCAACAGCGGCCUGAGCUCAGAAAAGAUCAGCCACAACCCCUGGAGCCUGCGCUGCCACAAGCAGCAGCUCAGCCGCAUGCGCUCCGAAUCCAAGGAGAGGAAGCUCUACAAAUUUCUGCUCCUCGAGAACGUAGUACACCACUUCAGCUGCCCCUGCAUCCUGGACCUGAAGAUGGGCACACGGCAGCACGGCGACGAUGCCUCCGAGGAGAAGGCCGCCCGUCAGAUGAAGAAGUGCGAGCAGAGCACGUCUGCCACUCUGGGCGUGCGCGUGUGCGGGAUGCAGGUGUACCAGAUGGACACGGGCCACUACCUGUGCCGCAACAAGUACUACGGCCGAGGUCUGUCGAUUGAGGGUUUCCGCCACGCGCUCUACCAGUUCAUGCACAACGGUACCGAGCUGCGCCGGGACCUUUUCGAGCCCAUCUUGAGCAAGCUGCGCAGCCUCAAAGCCGUGCUCGAGCGUCAGGCCUCCUACCGCUUCUACUCCAGCUCUCUGCUCAUCAUCUACGAAGGCAGGGAACCCGAGCGGGCCGAGGCAUCCUCCGAGAAGGAAAUCGCCGCCGGGUGCCAGUCUCCUCUGCCCCUGGACCCGCCCCCUGCCCCAAGCAUCGACGUGCGCAUGAUAGACUUUGCCCACAGCACCUUCAAAGGCUUCCGGGACGACCAGACGGUGCACGACGGGCCCGACCGGGGCUACGUGUUUGGACUCGAGAGCCUCGUCAACAUCCUUGAAACGAUCUGUGCGGAGAACCAGUAACCGAAACGGAUCUUUCACUUUUGUGUUUUUUUUUGUUUUUUUGUUUUUGGGUUUCAAACCCACUUCCUCCCUCCAUCCUCAAUUAUUUCUGUACUGUCUACAUGGUGGCAGCGACAAAACUGACGUUUCUGUGAACGGUGACGAUUUGAGACGUGCUGCAAGCAGUGAGGCACGGCGUCUCACUCUGCAUCUUUCAGCCAUCAGCACUCUGAGCACGAGGGUAUGACCAAGCUUUUCAAAGGGGGGGGGAGUUGGAGGUGACCUCUGGCUGGGUCUUUACUCGUGCCCCCCUUCAGAAUUGGACAGAAAUGGUAGGAAUGGCUCCAUGAAACAGGAGCUGGGAUCAUUUUGCUCGUCCUGUGGAUUCGUCGCCACCGUGUGGCCAUUUGAGGUUUUGCAGUCAGAUAAGAGGAAGCAGCCACAGCUCAGGGCAAGUCCAGGGUCAGGUCCUCUUUACAUUGUUGGGUUGGUGGAGGGAGAGUGUGUGUGUGUGUGUGUGUGUGUAUGUGUGUGUGUGUGUGGAGGAUAGUAAUGUUUGGGGAUUAAAUCCCCACUGCAGUAUUCCUACAGGGGCUCAGAAAAGGGAGCAGUUAUGAAAGCUUUAUGUAAAAUAUAGGUGGAAGGCUUACCUUUCCCUUGAUUAAAAAAAUGAGGUGAUUCCUGCCUUGUACUAUCAGUUACCAUCCACAGCCUAGCUGUGCAAACAAAAUCCUGUUUGAGGUCACAUGCUUUUUAAUAUAUAUAUAUAUUUUUAUUUUGAUCAUUUCUGCAGUUAUCCAUUUCAGUUAGAGCCAACAUUUUGCAUUUUGUCAUUUUUAGUUCAUUUAUUUUUUUUUUGCUUUUUUUUCUUUCUUUUCUUUUGUAUGAAAGUCCUUUCUUUUACGGUUUAUGGUAGUACUACCAGUCCUAGGCUAGUCUGUGGGACAGCGUGUGUGUGUAUAUCCGUAGACACCCUCUAUUUCUCUUAUUUCUCGCAAAUAUGAUUAUGUCGAAAGAGCUCCUUCCCAUUUUAUUAUUUUAUUUGAUUUGUUUUGCACUGUAGAUUCGGAUUCUGCUCUGAAAGCAUCUAGCAUGGUUCUUCAAAUCCCCGCUCCACCCUCACCUGCCGUUUUUAUUCCUGGUUUUUAUGAAUGUUUAUAAAUGACUCGCACAUCCACAUAGUAAACUUGUCCAUCAGCACAUGUAGCAACACAACUAGAGACUCCACCUUUUCUUCCCUUGUUUUUUUUUUUUUGUUUUGUUUUGUUUUUUUUUUUGCUCGUCGCGUCCCCUCUCCCGUCACCACUUGGUUAGGGUGUAGUGUGUGUGUGUGUGUGUGUGUGUGUGUGUGUGUGUGUGUGUGUAGAUGGAACUGUAGCCAUUGUCGUUUUUGGUGAUCAGUGGUUUCUUUUCCCUCUCUGGCACACCUCAGACUCGACUUUGUCUAGAUCGUCGUCUCUGCGUAAUCAGAAACGGCACGUCGUCCUGCACAUGCAUACUGUAUUGAUAUUAUCAGUGUAGUAUUGCGGUACUGUUGUGACCCCCGAACCUUUAUUAGAGAUCUGUUUGUAUUGUAAUCGAGAACUAAGAGUGGUCGUCACUUCUGAGUCUAGACUAGAUUAGAUUAUUUGUCUUGCGCUGGAUGUCACAGGAACGGGCCACUCUUUCUGCUCCAUCCUGGAGAAUGUACUCGGCACUCUUUCUGUCUAUUUUUCCACGCACAUCACAUCACAACGUAAAGGGAAAAUGCACCCCGAAACUGUUUUCAUAAUCAUUCGUCCAAGCGCAAAGCAUAAGUACUGCGAGUGCGACCUACACAUAUCUUCAUAUAACGGACCGUUUUGCUGUGCAGACACUUUUAACAAAGAGCAGUAAGAAAAAAAACAACCAGGAUUUCCAGACAGGUCUGGAUUUCUGUCCUGUUUGUGCUUUGUGAUCAUAGUUAGAACAUCUAGAUCAGCUCUAGUACACGUACGUGUGUGUGUGUGUGUGUGUGUGUGUGGGUGUAAAUACUUCCCAGGGUUCAUGUUUGUCCAGCCUUUCAGCGUUCGAGAGCUGUCCAGGAUAUGAAGGUUUUAAAAAGCGGUCACAAAUCAUUACCCUGUUGACUCUGACGGGUGUGGCUCCUGGCUUCUUGAGCGUAACAGAAAAGUCUGUUCUGUGCCAGGGCAGGAGAGAGAAGCGCUCACACGACUUAGCGGAAAAACCGAAGUUGCUGUCUUUUGUCUUGGGAAGAAAUCAAAAACAGGUCUCCUCUGUGGCGGAUGUUCUUAGUCUCUCCAUAGAUGUGAGAUUUGUCCAAAUAGAGAAAAAAAAAAGAUCCCCAAAAAAAGUAUGUAUUUCUCCCUUUGUUGUUGUUGCAUGGAUGGAUAUUUUUUUAAGGAAAAAAAAUAUAUAUGACAUCUUUGAAUGUGAGUUAUAAAUCAUUUAUUUAAGAAA